UUAUUUUUAGGCCAAAUGUUUUUUUCACUCACCACCUUAACACAACUUAUUUGUAAAUCCAAACCAGGUAACUGUAACCAACAGUGGCCAUACCAACAGGCUUCAAAUCAGUGGUCUCCAAACACCAAUCAAGAUAACUCCAGAAAACACAAGCAGAAAAGGAAAAAAGAGCCAGUAUACACACACUAUUGUGACACCUGCGACCGGGGAUUCAAAAAUCAAGAGAAAUUUGAUGAACAUGUGUCUCAGCACAUGCAGUGCAAGGUGAAGGACUGUACAUUCCGUGCUCACGAGAAAUUGGUUCAGAUUCACUGGAGAAACGCACACGGGCCAGGCGCUAAAAGAAUUAAACUUGAUACUGCAGAGGAAAUCGCCAAGUGGCGUGAGGAGAGGCGGAGGAACUUUCCAACUUUGGAAAAUGUAGCAAGAAAGAGGAAAAUGGGCCAGGACAAAGAGGAGCGAGGAGAGGUGCUGCAUACCCAGCAGUUUAAUAAAAUGAAGGGAAAAUGGAAAAGCCCUCACAACACCAGGCACCAAAGAGGUUUUGGCAGCAAGUUUGACAAAGGGCUUGCAGGUCACAUUGAUAGAACACGCAGUGGUGCGCAGGAACAGCAAAAUGCAAGGGAGCAGGAUGGUCCCAGCCAACCCAACGGGACAACUGGCAGGCCACCAGAAAACCAGGAGAACCAAGCUUGUGGCAAAGACAUCGACCCUCUCGGCAUAUUGGCACAAAACGACGCAGAAUCUGACAAGGACGAGGGCCAAGUGGAUGCUGAACAGGCAGUAAUCUCCGUCGUGCCAAAGCAGAUAACAUCAGGCCUCAGUUCACUGAUGGCCAAUUACAGCAGUUCAUCAGACAGUGAAGGCGACCAGGGGCCAGAGGAAAUCCCCUUCCAGACUGUUGCCAAAGCUCCGGAGGAAAACAGCGUGCUGGGAUCUGCACCAAGAAAUGAGCAGGAGUUUAAAGAAUGUUCAAGCAGUGUUCGAGGCUCAGAAACGCGUUGCCAAUUCAUCCCCAAGGGCAGAAGAAGAGGUAGAGGAAGAGGUCGUAACACACGAGGAAGGGGAACUUUCCGGCAGUCGCUAAUACGUGGGCCAACCUUGCUUGAAAUGUUGCUGGCUCCUGACAUACGACACGAGAGAAAUGUGAUUUUGCAGUGUGUUCGGUACAUUGUAGAAAACCAGUUUUUGGGCCUUGAGUCAAAGGUUAACGGUGUGGCGAAGACCCCUGUCCCGAGGGUGGCUUCAUGUGAAGAAGUGCAAACGCACACAACUGCGGCUCAUAAUGAAACACAUGGGUUCCAGGGAGAAGCUCCUGAACUUGAGCAUUCUGCCAAGAUCCCUGAAGCUGAGGAUGUUGGUGAGGACCCCUCCCCUAAAGCUGAGGAGAUUAGUGAGGAGCCAGAGAUUUCCCCGGCAAAUACAAUAUUAGCUUCCAUAGGCCAAGUGACCUUGUCGGCUGUGGAUGAUGAAAUUUGGGAGAUGCCAGACACAGCAAGUGAAAGGUGAUUAAGCAGAGCUUGACAGCUUACCACAUGGACUGGGUAAAGAUUUCCAACACAAAUGAGAUGACUGUACAGAUUUCUGUAGACUUGCAAUGUUUACUUCUAAUAAAUUAAAUAGCUAAAUUCUGUUUUGCUACCA